AAAGCCAAGCAGCCAAUGCAUCGUCAAGUGACACCCUGUAUCCCACACACACCCCAUCUUCAUAGCGAGAUAAUCGACUUGCACAACCUUUCAUUUCUUUCUGCAUUCUUCCAGAAAUAGACAAGCGGUUUUACGAAGGAUCCAUUUCUCAGACAUCUGCUAGCCCUGUACCAUCCUUAUGGAUUCUGGUGAGAGUGAUCUUGAUUCAAGUUUUCCUCAGACAGAGAACCCCUGCCUUAUAGUAGAGGACUCGCAGCCUGACAGUGUUGCUCUGGAGGACGACCCCGACACCAGCUACUCUGCUCUUUUGGCCCGUCGUCUCUCUAACCUGCAGCCUACAUCUCACAGCCCAGUGUUGGAGUUGAUUUCUUCGCCUAGUAAAAGUCAUUUGCAGUCCGAAAGUCAGACGGAUAAGAGUGACGGUGCUGCCCACUUAGACAAUUCUCAAUCCAACUUGGGUUCAGCAGCAAGAGAGCAUAGUCAAGUUUUUGAAGUUUGCUGUCUUCCGAAAUCGAAACGAGAUACUAAAGAGCACAUGGAAUCUGAGGAUAUUACCACCACCACACACUGCACAGAGACACAUGAAGAGAUGUCUCAAUUUGGUUUGUUGGAGCUGUCAGAGAGUCAGGGUGUCCACGAUGAAGAAGACCAGCUGGAUGGAGCUCCUGCCAAUCAAAGAGAGAGUCCGAAACCAGCCAGCCAAUGUGGCUUGAAGAGUUCAGAAAGGACGUCAGCCGGUCAGGAUGAAGGUUCUAGAGGGUCAGAGGUCAGCUCAAGCAGCUCUUCAGGGCCUCAGGAUGGGGAAAGCAGAAAGCUUAGUGUUCAGGCUAUACUGCACUCUCAAGUGUCUGACAGUCAGGAGAAUGAAGAUGAUGACCUCAUUUCCUCUCAAGAUGACAUGUUUGAAAAAGAGAGAAAUGGCACCAAGGCAGACAGCAGUGCCAUGCCAACAUCCACGCCUGCACAUAGCCUACGUUUGCUUCAUCUGUCUGGCCAGGGUACACUUGUGCAAGAGAGUCUUUCACAGCAGUCUGUUGACUUUGUGGCAGCCACUCAGGACAAUUUGAGCCAAACCCCUUUUAUUGUCCCAAGUUCACCAACAGAAAAAGAGCAGAAUUUUAAUGAAGCUGCCGGAUCCCCAAUGGACACAUCAGGCCCCCUCGAGGACCAGCCACAAAAGAGAGAGGAAGAGCCGAUGGACAUGGACCCCUGCCCCAAACCGCAGCCCACAGCCUCCACACCAGUGUCCCAAAAUUCCCCUGGAUUUGUUCUGGAAAAAAGCCUCUCUGUGCCCAGCCAGCCUGAAUUCUCACACGAUGUGUUUAUUUCCACGCCGAGCCUUGAACCUGGGAAUAACAGUCCAGGAACGGAGUCUUUAAAGAAGAAGUUGCUUCAAAAGAAGGACAGCCAAUCAGAAUCACCAAAGCAGACUGGAGCACCGGAGAAUGUAAACAGGUCUUCAAGCAGCUCUUUACAGCCCUCUGAGGUGCCCGAGUGCUUUCAGCUUGAGCUCAGUACUGAAAACAAUCAUUCCCAAAAGACUCAGGCGUUCAUUGUUGAGGAGGAUAGCCAAGCCACACAGAUUGUGGAAGAGGAGGAUGUCGACAAGAGUAAUUCUGCCCUUCAAAAUCCAAGCAAAAAUGGUAUGGACCCUCAGCCAGAUAAACCUUCUCAGAACUCACAAAAUAAGGUGCAUGAUUCAAAUAGUACAAGUGCUGUACAUGAAAAAGUGGAAGGCUGUAGCUCUCAAAAGUUUUUACAGUCUGGUAAUAUAGGAAACCCGGACAUAAGGUCUUCAACUGGUCCCGUUCAAUCCCAGCUGUCCGUCACUGCAGAUUGUGUUUCAGACACUCCUUCUUUACCGCAGAAAAGCAAAACCCCAGAUCUGACAGCCGCCAGUUCGGCUCAAACCUCAGUAUCAGCUAAUAAACCUGUAAGCUGCAGUCCUGUACCAGAACCUUCACAAACGUCUCAAUCUCUAUCUGUCCUGAAUGUUUUCUCUCAAAAGAACACUGAGAAUAAAAAACAACACAUUAGUCAGAGCCAGAGGCCCAGUCAGCCAAUGACACACAGCCACAGUGUUAUUACAGACAGCGUUAAAAAUACUAUAGAUGACGAGCGAAUGGAUGAAAGCGAGAUCCAGAGCACCGUUAAAGGUGUGGAUAUCAGACUCAACUUGGCAUUGUCUCAGAGCGAGGUGCUUUCUCCAGAACCCAUGGAGGAGGAUGAGAACACAAAGCAAGAAAAGGAGAUACCCGUACCUAGCACCGAUCUUCAUUCCUCUAGCAAAGAGGAUAGCUUUAGUGUCAUGGUGCUAGAAGAGAGCCAGAGGGUCUCUCAGGAGAAAGUAAAGAGGUCCCAGCCAUUCCUAAGCUUCUCUCAACCUGUGGGCGGCUCUGUGCAGGAUAAAAUGAAGCCUGCAGCCAAGAUCUCAGGGUCCCAGCCGCUGAGAUCAACUGAGGUUUCACCUUUACAACUCGAGAGAACUAAGUCACAGAGCACAAAGGCCAGUGAUGCAGGACAGAGCAAAGACCUGGAGAGAAUGAACUCGGACAAUGCUGCCAACAAAAGUCUGAGCGACAGCUCUGGAGAGCUUCCCUUUCACUUCACUCUGCCCAAAGAGGGCGAGUUGAUCCGCCCAGCAGUAAGUGCAACACCUCCUCAAAUUAGUCAGCUCAAAAAGACACCAAGGCACAGCACUCCUAUUGAGAUGACCUCAUUCUCAGAGCCGUCGGAGGGCGACGUUACCAGAGAGACAACAAUGGCAGCUAGUGAGAUUUCGGUAGAGGAGAGCAGAGAGGGCAAGGAGCCAGCUGUGACGGAGGGAGAUGGAAAACUGAGUCUGAGGAUGAAACUGGUGACCCCAGUAGAGGAGGGCAGCUCGGGUUCAGAACACUUCAGUUUGCAGAAACCGCCAUUAACGGAUGAGGAAGGCUCUGUCUCCAAGGCUGCCACUGUUGCCAUGGCUGUAACCAGUUCGUCUGUCUUUAGUCGUGUACGAGAAGCCCACAGGCAGAUCCAGGUGGAGGAUGAUGUAGAGUCCAGUGGUCUUCCUAUCAGCAGGCAACCCAGCCAAACGCUCAACAGCCCUCCAAACACAAAUGACUCUGUACUGUCUCCCAACCUCCCGAGAGAGACAGCAGACAGAUCCUCUGACCGAGUCAAGGAAGCUGUACCCCAUCAAUCUCAGCAUCCUCACGGUACAGAUGCUAACUCUGAGCCUCUGAUCAGUGGCCUGUCCCCUUCUGCCAGAGAGCAAGAGGUCCUCAACACAUCUGACAGACCUUCACCACGCACACCUGUUCGUCAGAAAGCCGUAUCACAGCAAACCAGUGUGGACAUCCCCUCGACCACCAGUCCACCCAGUAAAAGAGCGGUGUCUCAGCAAACAAGUUUUGAUUUGCCUAGACCUCAUAACCUGUCUGCUAGGGGAGAACAAAGCACACCCACCAGAACCCAGCCAGGUCCAUCGAUGCGGCGACAUAUUCGCACCAUCCAGGAGGUCCGCACGACAGUUACUCGCAUCAUUACGGAUGUCUACUAUGAAGACGGCAGAGAGGUUGACCGCAAGGUGACCCAUGAGUCUGAGGAACCAACAGUGGACCGCUGUGUUGUGGAAAAUGACAUGUCCCCAAGCCGGACAGGAAGUUCAAUGACAUCUGGAGACCUGGCUGAUGUCAGUUCACUGUCUUCGAAAGCUCCGUCACACCACAGCUCAAUUGGCACCAGCAGUGGUGGCCUGGGGCCCAUCAGAAUGCCGGAUUUUAUCAUGCCACCUAGCCGAGGGAGCAAGUCUGGAAGCCCCAGGCGGGGUGGACGGCAGCAGCCGAGGACCAACAGCGUGGCGGUGGGGUUAGAGGUGACGGAUGCACGGGGGUCUCGGGUCAUCACCCAGCUAAGCCCCCGUGGCCGUGCCCGGCGAGGAAGGCCUCCUUCCCGCAGCCCGCUGUCCAGAGGUGGCAGGGUAGGGUUAGGAGAUGGUUCCCAUGGUCAGGUGGCAUCAUCGUCAGAGGAAGAGCCGUAUGUCCGAGCACCAGGCAGCCCAUUAGAGCCCAGCACUACAAGCCGCUCUGAUUCGCUCAACACCACCUCUCCUGACAACAGCACUGGGACCAGCAGUUUUGUGGGAUUGCGUGUGCUGGCCAAGUGGUCGUCCAACUCGUACUUUUAUUCUGGAACCAUCACGCGAGACCUGGGUGAGAACCGUUUCCGCCUUUUAUUCGAUGACAACCAGGAGUGUGAAGUACAGGGGAAGGACAUCCUGCUGUGUGAUCCCAUUCCCUUGGAGACAGAGGUCACAGCCUUGACAGAGGAAGAGUACUUCAAUAUAGGAGUAGUGAAGGGGCAUAAGAAUCAAGGCUCCGAGUUUGUGUACUGCGUGGAGAAAGAUGGUCAGAGCAUGUGGUACAACAGAACAUCUGUGAUCCUCAGCAUGGAACAAGGCAGUCGCCUGAGGGAACAGUACGGACUCGGACCCUACGAACCUUCUACACCAAAUAACAUGGCUUCUGAUAUUAGCCUAGAUAACCUGGUGGAAGGUAAACGGAGACGAAGAGGAAACCCCAGUGGACCGACGACCCCUACACGCAGCUCAACCAACAACCCGAGAACCCCAGGAAAACGAAAGCUGAUGAGCGGAACGGAGGACGAAAAGACACCUCCAAAGAGAGGACGCAGGGGGGGCGGGGCAAGAUUUGGGCAAAGGACAGCUGCUUGUAACACAUCUGGAAGCGGUGUCGAUUUACCGUCUGACCCUAAUGACCUGGUGGCAACGCACGGACCUGUCCCUGAAAACUCCUCUCUGUUCAUGGGGUUCGUCUUUAUGCUAACAGCAUCCUCUGAAAGCGACAGAGACUCCAACCAUCAGAACAGCGAUGAGGAUGAAGAAUACGUGCAGAGAACUCCAUACAACAAAGAAUAUACGGUGAGACAGCUGGAGGCCGGAGGAGGAAUGAUCCUGCUCGACUUUAACGAAGAACAGUGUAAAGCAGCCUAUCAGAGCUUGCUGAUUGCCGACCAGCACUGCCGUACCAGGAAGUACCUGCUGUGUGUGGCAGGUGGAGUUCCCUGUGUAUCUCAGAUGUGGGUAAGAGAUUGCUGCCAGGAGAAGAAACUGCUCAACUACAGGAAUUACCUACUGCCUGCUGGUCUGGGACCAGAUGGAGGCAUUGUGGAGUGGCAUCCUCGCUGUAACCCCUUUAAAGCCCUAAAGGUGCUGCUGCUAUCAGAGGAUCGUGUGGAUUUGUGGACCUCUUUGCUUUUUAUGGGUGGUGCAGAAAAAGUUCAUCAUCAUAAAGAAAAAGAAGACAUUUCUGACAUUCCUGCUGUCAAGUUUGACCUGGCCAUGGCUUCAUCCGCGUGUCAAUCUGAGGCAGUGAAAGCCGUGACCCCGGACCUGCCUGUCGUCUCUCUGGAGUGGCUCAUUCAGAGCUUGACUUGUGGAAAGUGCCUCAGCUAUGACAGCAAUUCUGAAUUCUGUCAUAACCGGUCUACAUAAAACAUGCUCUGACAUUUUAACCUGUCUUUUAAAUGUCUUUGUGUUUUUAGUGCAUGCAGUUUACUGUAUAUAGUUUUUACAAAAUAAAAAAUAAUGUGAUUGUUUCAUAUAAA